UGGACUUCAGCAGCAGAAAACGCCACACCAAUUGUAUCCUCUGCUUUCGAAAAAAUGUCACCUGCUCAGAAAGUUGCCACUGUGGACAAAAUUCGCCUCAGUGGGAAGUUCACAGCUGCAAAGAUGCCAGCCUUGACAUCAUGUUUCAAACUGGAUGAAGCGCGAAACUGCGAGCUGAAGUUCAGCUGGUUGAUGCUUGGUCUUGACACUCAGUGGCAACCAAUCAUACCAAAAGCACUUGCUUUUGUGCUCACCGUAGGACGGAUGAAGUUCUGUAAGCCGAUCUAUAGGUCGCUCUUCAACUGGCCGCUAGCUCGUGCCAGCGCUAUCCAGCAGUUCGAGGCCAGCAGAAAGACCAUGCAUCCAAUCACGGCCUCAAUUAUCGCUAAAUUACUUAACUAA